GCCUCUACGCUGACUUUACGACCAUUCACUCCAAAGGUGAGAUUCCAGGUAAAAGAAAAAAAAAAAGAAAAAAAAGCAGAGAAUUCGAGUGGUUCUUUGUAUUGUGGAGAUGAAUUAGGAGAAAUGUAGUGCUUUACAGUUUUCGGAAGGAUUAUAGAAUAUAUAUUUUUUUCGCUAGGGAUAUGGGUAGAGGGUUAUAAUACAGGAGUUAAAUCUAGCUUUACGUAAAAUAGUAUUUAAAGGCAUUGAGGUUGUUUUUUUGUGCUUUUUUCGGGGGAAUGUUUUGUGAUGUAAUAAAAGAGAAGGUCACUUGAAGCUACAACUGAUCUGCUACAGUCGUCUUGUGCGUAGUGCCAGCUGCGCAUUAACUGCCAUGGCUGGUUCAGAGAAGACGAUGGUGAUGAAUGGGUCUGUGGCCUCAUCGUCCCCGCAGGAGGAAGGGAAGGGAGGCAAGCGCAAGCCCAACUAUAGCAUUCUCCUUUACGUCCCAAACCUCAUAGGAUACUCUCGUCUUCUAUUGCUUCUGCUUGCCUUCUGCUUGCUACCAGCUUCACCUGCCUCGUUUGUUACCCUCUACUCCAUCUCUAUUACACUGGAUGGUUUUGACGGUUAUGCAGCUCGUAAACUACAUCAGUGUUCCCUCUUUGGAGCUUGGUUUGAUGUGAUUUUGGACAAUCUGGGAAGGGGACUACUCUGGGUACACAUACACCCGAUGUUGUACUUGGUGUCAGCUGUAGAAUGGAUUGCAUUUGUCUGCAACUAUUCAUUUGGGGCUAAAUGGCGUGAGAGUCUCAUUGAAGGACCCAAAGCCCCAACUAUAGUCACUUGCAUAUUAGCUAAUAACUUCCGUAAUGCUUGGGGAGUGUGGGUCAUUGCUGGCCUCCAUGUGCUUCCUGUCUGGCUCCUGGGCAUUAAAUACAACAUAUUCGAGUCUCAUCUGUGGUUUCUGCCUUUCUUUGUUCAACCUGUAGGUAUCUUGCUUCUGGGGACGGGGAGACUGCUUUGUCUCUCCGUGGAACUAUGGAGUAUAUGGAAUCACAUGUAUGGUCUUCUUGUGAACUCAUCCUCUUGCUGAGAUUCUGAAGAGGCAAGGGAAUUAAGAAAGACACUUGGUAGCAUCAAUGUAUAUGACCUCUUACUGGUUAGCAGAUGCAGUAAGUAAAAAUGCAAUAGAUAUACCAAAGAUAAUCAGGGAUAUUUUUUUUGGGUAGGACUAACAAAUAUAUCUCAUUGUGGCAUGGAAUUUUCUAUUUUCUAUUUAUCAGUACUGAACAUGAUUAGAUGGAAACAGCAAUGGUGUUUCUAUCAAGUUAUCUCUUUUGAAUCUCUCUGUUUAUUACUUGUAGUAUUAUGUUACGAGAAAAAUAUGUUUAUGACUUGAUUGAUAUAUUUUGUACCACAUGCACCAGUCAUUAGCAAGUAAUGAAAUCUGUGUGAUAUAUAAGUAAAUGCUAAUUGGGUAGUUACUUAAAAAAGUGAAGUGGAUGCAUCACAAACCUGAGUAUAAAUAUUUAACCCUCUGCUGCCGGGGAUGGCAAGUAAGUGCAGGACAUUCCGAUGUAGAAUUUAAUUUAUUGAUUGUAUUUACAUUUUCCUUGAUUUUCUUUAAUUUUGUAUUGCUAUUGGCAAUGGUAAUAAUAUUAUAGUAAUUAUAAUGUCUUCAGUAGUAACAUCAAUAUUGAUUUUCAAGGAAAGUUGAAAUCAGCUGAGGUCUUGAGGUCUACUUAAAGACUAUUUGGUGGCAAGGUCAUUGUGGAGCCAUUUCACAAAACAGUUCUUCGGUGAACACUACCUUUCCUUGCGGCAUUGGGUUAACUGGAGUUUCUUUCAGCAUAUGUAACCUUGACACCAAAUUUUCUUACCAGUCAGUAGGUAAAUCUUCAGCAGGAAUGCUUUUGGUUGUGAUUUUUUUGCUCCUCCUUGCAGUAAAAUGAAUAUUGAACUAUUGGCUUACCCAAAUCUUUAUUCUCCAUGGUAUUAGAUUUUUCAACUUAAGUAACUUUAUAACUGCUGUUUCUACCUCAGAUGUUUUCUCAAAUUAAUGUAACCAGUAAGAGAAAGGAUUUAAAGGCUACUGACUUUAUUUAAUGUGAAGUUGUUGGCGUGUAUUGGCAGUCUCCCCUCUUUGUGCCUGGCUCAUUUGAUACUUCAAGCACACUAGGCACUUAAUAGCUUAUAUCUCUAUUUAAAUCAAGAGCUUAAGAAAAAUUAAAGUUUUCCUUCAGUUUAGGUCCCUCUACAUAAUUUUGCUCCUCAGUUCAUCAAAGGCAUUUCAUAAUUUUGUGCCUUCUGUGUUCAAAGGGUUAAAUGAAUGAGGACCUUGUUUUGGUAAUAGACUAAACUAGUGCAGAGCAUAUGUCAACAAUUAUUUAAUUUUUAAUAGUAAUAAAUCAAGUUAUAUGAUUACGUGAAAAAUAUGAAAAAGUGAAAGUGAAGAUUUUAUUUUUGUUUGGAAGUAUUGAAAUAUAUAGUAACUUGAUUAUAGGAAAGAGGAAUUUUACUUGAAAAUACAGAGUACGUCAUCAGGUUUCUUGCACCUUUUACUGGGUUAUCUAACAAUAAUAUCAUGAUAAGUCUUAGAUGGUUUUUGCACCAAAAUACCAAGAAUAUGAACAGAUAUGGUCUGGUGGUUAUUCCUGACACCUCCACUGAUAGUAGCUGGAAUAGGCAUUAAAGGUUUCUACUUCUGUCUUCCAACCCAUCUUUCUGUACAAAGAAAAGGGGAGGGAACACCAGUUUUAUUAUAAGCAUAUGUUUGUAUACAUUCAAAUUAUUCAGAAUAAGAAAAAUGAAAGGUAUAGAAAUAAAGAAGUGAAGAGUAAAGAAAAAUGCCUAUUUUGUAAUAGCCACAGGACCCCCUUUAAAUGGUCUUGUUUUCAUUACUUAUUUGUUGCUGUUGUAAAAGAUUAGGCUGUAUCUUGCUGUACUCCUUCUGGUGUAAAAAAAUUAAUUUUCUAGUAAAGUAGAUUUGGUAUUUCACUUGCAAUGGUUUAAUUUAUUUGCUUACAAUAGGAAUAUUCAUGUCAGAGUAUUAUAGUAGUAUUUUAGACUUAUUGUAGAUUCUCAAGGUCUCAGUAGCUUAGGCAGCAUGUUUCCAUCAUCAUUGAAUUAUUAUUAAUCUCCCAAAAUAUGGGUAACUGCUGUGAAAAGUUAUAUUUAGGACAAAAAUUAUUAUCUGCUAUAUUUUAUUUUGUAGGAUGUAUUUCCAUAAGAAUCCCUGAAGACAUGUUAUACUGAUAUUACAUUAUUGUGAUAUUAUAUAAUUUUACAUUAACAGUUUAGUGAGGGAGGUCUAGUGGUUAGAGCUCUCACUCUUUUCCUGCCAUUUUUCAUGAAGGAGAAACAACAAGAGACAUAAUCCCCUAAUGUAGUGAGGUCAUACACUGUAGUAGCAUAGACUUCACCAGUAUCUAAAUUCUUGCAGCCAGCCUGCACAAUACACAGUUUGAGGGAAUUCUUUCCACAUUGUAGGGGGGAGAGAUAACCUUCAAGCAAGGUAUAGUGGACUUCAAUAGUGUGAUUUAGCCACUGAUACUUAUUAUCCUUGACAAUGCAAAAUGACAAUACCCUCCAAAUGGGCUGAUUUUCUGGUAACCCUUUCAAUACUAACUCCUUAGAAAAAUAAUCUCAGGAUUCACAAUGCAUCCAAGGGACUUUCUGGUCCAGCAUCUCAAAGGGAGAAAAGAGAAUUAAGAAAUUUUCAUUAAAAGUCUUCCUUUACCAGUGAACCCUGCCUUAUGGUGGCAAGUCUCAUAUGGCUUAUCUAAGAGCAAUGACAGGUUCAGACCGUGGGAGUAGGUUUCCUUUUGUAAUAUCAAGAAAUGCAGAAUUGGAAAUUGGCUAAUACUUGAUGAGUUAGGGCUUUAUCUUCCUGUUUUGUUCAUGGCAUCAGUACUAUCAGUGUUGGGCUGCUUUGGCACUGUCAGAGUCUGAUAAAUCAAGGGUGAUGUUGCUAGCCAUGAAAUCAUCACCUGGAUCUUUGCUGCCAUCCCUCUGACAUGAUGAUCUGUUAUUUGAUGUAAGCAGCAGUCUGUUUUGGGAAGGAGACCACAUUGUUGCAUUGACUCCACAGGUUUUGCUUUCCAUCAUAUGUUUCCUGCUUCUGGGUCUUCCUCCCAUCUGGCUGAGUUCUGGGUUGUAAUUUGUCUUCAAAGCAGCCUGAGUACCCUGUCUACCUCCAUGCUGGGCUUCCUAAGGCCUACUACAUAAUUGCAUAGUUUUGAAUUUUGAUACAUGUAAUUUUUACAUUUGUUUACAUCUUUGUAAUGCAUGGUAUGCAAAAUACAUUCCACAGCUGCCAGACUCAUUAUGAGAAUACAAUCAUCAGUUAUGGAAAAGAGAUAGGGGCAUAAAGACAUUUGCCAUUUUAUAGGGAGUCUGUUGUUAGUAGCAUUAACUUAGAAUGAAUAUAUUUUUAUGUAUGUGAUGUGAUGAAUCAAAAUAUUAUCAUUUUUUUGUGGUUAAAAGUCUGACUUACUCAUGAAGAAUUAGCAAUUUUAGAUAAAAAAGUCACAAAGGUUUGCAUGACUUACAUGUUUAAUUUUUUCUCAAUGUUGGUAAUUUAAUUUUAGCCAAAAGUCAUACUUCACAACCAACAAUAUGUAUAUAUGUAUAUAUAUAUACAUAUAUACAUACAUACAUACAUAUACACACAUAUACAUACAUACAUAUACGUACAUAUACAUAUACGUACAUAUACAUACAUAUACGUACAUAUACGUACAUAACAUUAAGAGAUUAAGAUAUUUGCAAUGAAUAAGGUCUCCUUAUUUUCUUGCAUGGAUAUAGGAACUGGAGGUUUAUGAAUAUGUAUCUGUAGAAUGUGAAUAUGCCUAAAGGGUAUUCAGGAUGAUGUUGCUUAUUUUCUGAAUAUUGUCUGUGAUUAAGAAUUUUUUGGCAUAUAUACCUCUACAGCAAGUGUAAUAUGUAGCACAGACUAAAGUGAGAAUUUAUAUACAAUAGCCAAUGAGAUUUUUAUACAGUUGGACAGAACAAGAUGAUCAAAUUCAAAUUCAAACAGUUGAUUUAGCCAUAUACAAAUUAUGCAAGACUAAUAGACAUGGUGUCUUCAUUUUCUGGUUGAGCCUGUUGAGAGUCCAUUAUUAUACCUAAGGGAUUCUUAGUGUAAGUAGUUAAACAUUUACCCUGUGGAGUUUGUUGAGUAGAAUAUGUAGGUUUUAUAUUUAAAUGAGUUUAGAUAUUUUAUAUUUAUUAACAACUUACCAACAUUUCUCUAUUUAUAUAACCAUUGUAUCAUAUACAAAACAUACCAUAAUAUGUCAUUUUACAGCUAUAUGAUUUUCAUAAAUGAAAUGAACACUUAAAGGUAAUAUUGUAAUAUCAUAGAAGGAAGGGCAGGAGAAAGAGCGGGAAAAAAGGAAAGAUGAGAAAAGAAAGAGGAGAGUCUAGAGGGAAGAGUGGAGGAGGGGGUAGGAAGAAGGGAGGCAGAUGAAUGAUCAUUGGCGACAUAACAGCAAGAUAGAUAGGAAGACAGGUGAUACAGAAAGAGGGUAAAGCUUGGGAGAGGUCAGAAUAAGGAUUUACUGUUAUAUAUCUGAUGUGGAAUGAUAGGAGUGAGCAAUAGUAGUAGUAUUUCAGUAAUUGUGCAGGAUCCUGGGUUGGACUCUAUGUGUUGGUUUGAUUUACACAUAUAAUUUGUCUGUGUCUCACAAUACUGACCUGUAACGUAAUUUAUUGCUCAUAUACAUUCUUUGUUUUAAUCCCAUGCUUUUCAGUAAUUUUGAGGUCUAAUUCUUUCAUAUUUUGGUUAGGCAUGUGACUUUUUAAUCCCUGCUGCUUUGAUUAUUGUCUUGAAUGAGAGUGUUAGUGAUUUACAUAUUUGCCAAUAGGACAUGCAUAUACAUAGAAAAUGUGAUGUGAGGGGUAAAUAUAUAUUUCUAGUAAUCUGAUCAUACAAAGUACAAAAUCGUUUUGGAACUUCAUAGGAACUUCAAAUACAUAACAGUUUGACAAUUUAGGUUAGGUAAAAUCUAGAAGCAUUCUUGCAUGUUAUUCAUCUGCAGUAACAUUUAGAUUUGUCAUUUUCUUGGUUUCCCAGUUAAUAAAGGGGAAAUUGAAGGCAUGUAGUAUGAAAAUUAUGUGUAUUUCCCUUUUAGGCUUAAUAUAAGCACAACAAUAUUUAAAGUUUCACUGAAAAGAGCUCUGUAGGCAAAUUAUUUUUUUUUAUACAAAUAACAACGUUUUGGUUCUCAUAUGUCAUUAUUCCAAGUACUUCCAUUGUAUCAUUUGAGUCUUUUAUUUCAUUGUCUAUUUUUGUUGCUAGAUCAUUUCUGAUAUAAAGCAGUAUUUUUUAGUUCAUUCCUAUUUUGUAUUAUUGUCUCAAUCCCAUAAAUGAUUAUAUCUUCAUUUUUAAUGUCUUAAUCUUAUGUAUUUCUGUAAUAGCUGUCUAUACUUAUUGUUGAUAGUAUUAAUGCACUCUGUUUUUGCCUGGUUUUCUGUUCACUUUCCUUUGUAGUUUUCCUAUGAAACUUCAUUGAACAUUUCAGUAUUUUCCUAUGAAGCCUUUUACCAUCUUAUUUAUGUUAUCUUUCAGGAAUUUUAGGUCAUUUUAGUUUAGGUGUGUUGCUUUCCCAUAUUCUUAAUUUCUUAAAACUUUUACUUUGUUCUUCCAUGAUGCUACAAUUUGUUCACUCAGACAUUUUAUUCCAAUUUUUUCAGGCUCACCUAGUUAUUCAAAGAUGAUGCUUUCUGACAGUUUUCUCUGCCAUCUGAUUUUGCUUUAAAUUCAGUAGGUCACUUAUUUUCAGCUCCUGAACCUAUAUCCAUUGCUCUUCUUAACCCAAUAGAGCCAGAAACAUGUAAUGCUCACUGUAGUUUUGUUUUGUGAAGUGUGCUUACUCAUAGACAGAUUUACAAGUGCUCAGCCAGCUAGAAGUCAGUUUGAUUUUUGGGGAUUUUUUCUUCUGCUAAUGCUGAUAAUAUUGAUGCUGUGAUUGUUAUUAUUGACAUUAUAAUAAUCCUAUUGUUGUUAACAAUACUAGUAGCAAUAUAAAACAAAAAAGAAUAUUUAAAAAAAAAUCAAGGAAAAGCAUGAACAGGUGAGAGAUGGUACUAGUAAUUGACUCCUUGGGGACUAAGCACUUGUGGAACCCUAUAUGUGCCAAGAUAAUUAUUAAACUAAACUCAGUGGGCAUAUGUAUGUACAUGCCAUUUCUGGUGACAAUUGAUUAAUAUCCCUUUUUUCAGUCAAUAUAGAAAUUCUCACAUAUGUUAUUUUUCAAUGCUUAUUAUUAUUAUUA